GAAAACUGAUAAGGGAACCCUUGCCCUUCCAAGCACCCCAAUGCAUUAGAAAGUGAUCAAAGUUUACAGUUUGCUGUACACCUGAAACUAACACAACAUUGUAAAUCAAUUUUACUUCAAUAAGAAAAUAAAAAAUAACAAAAAUUUUUUUUUAAAAAAAGGAAAGAGGUAAAGUUUAACUGCUGUAGCCCUGGCACAGAAAUGAAAGAACAAUUCCACAGGACCACAACAAGCUCAAGAAACAGAAAUAUUUUUCAAAGAUACUGUUGGAAGAAUUAGCUUACUCUAUGGGGAAAAACUUAGAACUUUACCCUAAAAUAAAUUUCAGAUGGAGGAAAGCUCUAAAGGUAAAUAUCUCAAAGUAUAAAACGCUAAAAGCAAAUAGAAGUAAAUGUGUAUACAUUUUGAGUAGAGGAUAGUUUCCUAAAUUCCCUGAGAUGAUCUGUUCUCUGUAGGUUUCUCAAGAUAUCCUCGACCUUUAUCACCAUUAGAAAUUAAUAUUUAACCAGCAUAUGUGGCUGAACAAGCUAGGCCUUGUGGAUCUGAAGUGGCAAGAAGACUGCAGGGCUAAGCCCACCUCCUCAGCUGCUCUCUCACGUUCUCCUCAAUCCCCAGAGCUGGCAAAUCUCAGCAAGGAGCCGAGACCCAGCGGGGCCCGAGUUCCCAGCAAGUUUUGCCUCUGAGGAAGCCCGGUCACCAUGAAUGCACAUGAGUUCCGCAGAAGAGGGAAGGAGAUGGUGGAUUACGUGGCUGACUACUUGGAGGGCGUCGAGGGGCGCCAGGUGUACCCCGACGUGGACCCUGGCUACCUGCGCCCCCUGCUCCCCACUGCUGCCCCCCAGGAGCCAGAAACAUUUGAGGACAUCAUUAAGGACGUCGAGAAGAUCAUCAUGCCAGGGGUGACCCACUGGCACAGCCCGUACUUCUUCGCCUACUUCCCCACGGCCAGCUCGUACCCGGCCAUGCUCGCGGACAUGCUGUGUGGGGCUAUCGGCUGCAUCGGCUUCUCCUGGGCUGCCAGCCCAGCGUGCACAGAGCUGGAAACAGUGAUGAUGGACUGGCUGGGCAAGAUGCUGCAGCUGCCUGCGGUGUUCUUGGCUGGAGAAGCUGGAGAAGGGGGCGGAGUGAUCCAGGGAAGUGCCAGUGAAGCCACCCUGGUGGCCCUGCUGGCCGCUCGGACCAAAGCGACACGACGCCUGCAGGCUGCCUCCCCGGGGCUGACACAGGCCACCAUCAUGGAGAAGCUGGUGGCCUACGCAUCUGACCAGGCACACUCCUCCGUGGAAAGAGCCGGCUUGAUUGGUGGAGUGAAAUUAAAAGCGAUCCCUUCCGAUGGCAAGUUUGCCAUGCGAGCUUCUGCCCUGCAGGAGGCCCUGGAGAGAGACAAGGCCGAGGGCCUGAUUCCAUUCUUCGUGGUGGCCACGCUGGGGACCACAUCCUGCUGCUCUUUUGACAACCUCUUAGAAGUGGGUCCCAUCUGUCGCGAGGAGGACGUGUGGCUGCAUGUGGACGCUGCCUACGCGGGCAGCGCCUUCAUCUGCCCCGAGUUCCGGCAUCUUCUGAAUGGAGUGGAGUAUGCAGAUUCAUUUAACUUUAAUCCCCACAAAUGGCUUUUGGUGAAUUUUGACUGUUCUGCCAUGUGGGUGAAAAAGAGAACUGACCUGACCGGAGCCUUUAAAUUGGACCCUGUGUACCUCAAGCACAGCCACCAGGACUCAGGGCUUAUCACUGACUACAGGCACUGGCAGCUGCCGCUGGGCCGGAGGUUCCGCUCUUUGAAGAUGUGGUUUGUUUUUAGGAUGUACGGAGUCAAGGGACUGCAGGCCUAUAUCCGCAAGCACGUCCAGCUGUCCCACGAAUUCGAGGCCUUGGUGCGCCAGGAUCCCCGCUUUGAAAUCUGUGCGGAAGUCACUCUGGGGCUGGUCUGUUUCCGGCUAAAGGGCUCCAACAGACUGAACGAAGCUCUUCUGGAGAGAAUAAACAGUGCCAAGAAAAUCCACUUGGUUCCCUGUCACCUGAGAGACCAGUUCGUGCUGCGUUUUGCUAUCUGCUCACGCACGGUGGAGUCGGCCCACGUGCAGCUGGCCUGGGAGCACAUCCGAGGGCUGGCGACCGACCUGCUGGGAGCACAGAAGGAGGAAAAAGGCGGAGAUCAAAACCUGAAGUGAUCUGAAUACUGGAAUGAGAGGAAAAGAUGUAUCAUCCCAGCUCCAUGGAACCAAGUCUGAAUGUGGCCCAUGCUUCUUUCUCCGAAGUUAUCCAGAAAGAACCUCGUGAUUACACCUGUUCAGCCUCUCAUCAAUGAAGAAAUAUUUGCUAUAAGUUAACCCCAGUGGAUAUAGCUUUUAUUCAUUAUUUGGCUGUGACUUUUGUUGACUAAAAAAUCAUCAGUUUCUGUGCCCCUGAAGUUGUCAGUGGUGGUAAAGGCUUAUUGAAAUAUUUUCCGGCGCGAUCUAUAAUUAUGGGACUUGAGAUUAUAUCCAUGGUCUUUAAAUUGUUCUGUCAUGUGACUUAAUGCUUAAUAAACAACGUGAAGUGUAA